CAUUGAUGCCAACAACAGGUAAACCAAACAAAAGAGGAAAAAAAAAACAAGUUUAAUUUCUGAGUAUAAGCCAGCUAUAAGGGAUAAAAACUCAACAUAAUGGCCAUGUCUUAUGCAUUAGCACCAAUGCAUGCUGCACCAAUAACUUCAUUCCAAUCAAUCAAUAAUAAUAAAAAUUACAAAAACCUGAUUAAUGGUAAUAGAUCAAAAUGGCCUGCUUCUACUCUUACUGUGAGGAGUCGUUUGAAAAGGCUGGUGGAAGUUGUAACUGCACCAGCUGAUGUUCUUCUUGUUGAUGGUUUCCAACCUGCAAUCAUUACUCCACCAACUGAUUUGAGUAGGGAUGAUUUCCAUUCUAAUUUCUUAUUUGGUGCUUCUACCUCUGCCCUCCAGGUCAUCAUUGAUCAUCCUAUUUGACUGUUUUGUUUUAAUAUAUAUUUUUUCUCUCUUUUUGAUUUUGCUUCAUAUGCUAUUGGCCCUUAUGAUUAUUGGUUUGCUCUAUUAACCUUUUAGAUAUGUCCAUAUAUAAAUGACUAUACACACUGAAUGACAUGACUAGACUCCAUGCCUAAUUAAUAACGAAUUUUUAAAUUUUUUUUUUUUGUGCAAACCUGAUGAGGAGCAAUUUCAGAGGAACAAAGACUGAGGGAUCAGGAACUGAAGGUGGAAGAGGACCAAGUACUUGGGAUUUUAUGAUUCAAGCAAGCAAAGGGAAGAAAGCUGUGGACUCCUACAAUCUAUACAAGGAAGAUGUAAAACUAUUGAAAGAUAUGGGCAUGAAUUCUUACCGUUUCUCCAUCGCCUGGCCUAGAAUUCUCCCCCAGGGAACUGAAGAAGACGGUCCAAUCAACCAAGAGGGCAUUGAUUUUUACAAUAAUUUCAUUGAUACUUUACUAGCAGAAGGUAUUGAACCAGUUAUCACCUUAUUCCACUUUGAUCUUCCGGUGGCCCUUCAGAAUAAGUAUUACGGCUUCAUGGACAGUCAGAUUAUAGAGGACUUCAAGAAGUAUGCUGAAAUUUGUUUUGCAAACUUUGGUGAUCGAGUAAAGUAUUGGUCGACAAUCAAUGAGCCCUAUGUAUUUGGGUCAUUCGGCUACAAAAUGGGCUUGCCCAAGGAAAUUCAAAAUGACCCGAACGGCCCAUACAUAGCCACUCAUCAUAUCAUUUUAGCUCAUGCUGCUGCUGCUGAAGUCUAUCAUGACAAAUACAAGAAAAAGCAAAAAGGUAAAAUUGGAAUUUCAUUGCCAUGUAAAUGGUACGAGCCUCAGUCAAACGAUCCCACAGAUCAAGUUGCUGCCUUGGCGCAUUUGGACUUUAUGCUGGGUUGGUACAUGGACCCAUUUGUGAACGGAGACUAUCCAAAGUCAAUGAAGGAAAGUAUAAGAGGAUUGCCAGAGUUUACGGAGGAUCAAAAGAAGAUGGUGAAGAAAGCUUGUGAUUUCAUUGGUGUCAAUUAUUAUACUGCUAGAUUUGCCAAGCAAUCUGCAACUGUCGAUGCAAUGACUGGAAAAAUCUCAGUGGAGUACGCUGAAUCAAUAGUGGACGCAAAUGGAAAUGUAAUUGGUGAACAAGCACAAGGACAGGACGAUAUCUAUGUUAAUCCCGCGGGUCUCAAGAAUUUGCUUCUUUACAUCAAAGAAAAAUAUGAUGACCCUGAACUUUAUGUCACUGAAAAUGGUCUUCCUGAAAAACCUGUAAUAUCAGGUUCAGUUAUGGAUUUAAUCAAGCAAGGAAAAACAGAAGAAUUAAAAUCUGCAUUUUUUGAUGAAAAGAGAAUUUCUCACGUUGAGGACCACCUUAUUUCUGUUCGUGAAGCUAUCAAGCAAGGUGCGAAUGUGAAAGGAUACUUUGCGUGGUCUCUAAUGGAUAAUAUGGAAGUGGGAGCAGGCUAUGAUGUUCGUUUUGGACUUAAUUUCACUGAUUACUACGAUAAUCUCAAAAGAUACCCAAAAAAAUCUGCUAAAUGGUUCACUAAUUUCCUCGCUCAACCUCACAAGAACAAACGACAUUAACUUAUUUUCUACUUAUAUUUCUACUUUCGCCUAUGCCUUACCUAAUAUUUAUAUUUAGUAAUCAAGUUGAUAUUCGAUUGGAAUGACUGUGUUUCUUUGAUGUUGUUGCUAUUAAAUAAAUGAGGGCAGAUAAUUAUACUAUAUUAUCAGACCCAUUUAUAAGAUUUUAUUAGUGUAAGGUAUAAUUUGCACAAAGUCUAAUAUGAGACGGUCUAACCGUUCAAAUACACUUUGUACAUGGGUUGAAUAGUCCAUCAACACAAAUAAUAAUAUAUAGACUUUUUAUUCUGAA